AUGCUAGCGACACCAUAUAUCAAAUGUGACUACGAUAAAGUUUACGAACCAGCCGAGGAUAGCUUUCUUCUUUUAGACUCUCUUGAGAAGGAACAGCAAUUCCUAAAUGAAAGAUUCCAUUCUCAUCUAUCUGUAGUAUGUGAGCUGGGCCCCGGUUCAGGAAUAAUUACGACCUUCAUGUUACAGCAUGGGAUACCAUCCAAGAAUAAAUCUAUAUAUUUCGCGCUAGACAUAAAUCCUUGGGCUUUAGAGGCUACUCAUGCCACUGCAAAAUUAAACGCUUGCCAAGAUAAAUUCCUGGAUACUGUUCAAAGUGAUUUAACCUCCUCUUUAAGGAAUAAAGAAAUCGACGUAUUGGUAUUCAAUCCACCAUAUGUACCAGCUGACAAUGUUCCAAUGGUUCCAAGCUUCAAAGACGAUAUCGAUGAAUGGGUGGAUCUGGCACUUUUGGGAGGAGCAGAUGGAAUGGUUGUCACGAACAAAGUACUUAAAAACUUGGACAUCAUCCUCUCCCCCAAUGGUGUUGCAUACAUCUUAUUCUGCGCCAGAAAUAAACCAGAAGAAGUUGUGAAGGGAAUGAAGGAAAAGCAUGGCUGGAAGGCCGAAUUAGUCGAGCAUAGAAAGGCAGGUUGGGAAGUUUUAAGUGUUUAUAAAUUUUAUAGAUAA